AUGGCUUCACCACACGAAGCACAACUUCUCCAAAUACUUGCAGAUACUCAAUCAUCUGCAGAUGGUCCGCGGAGACAAGCAGAACAUUAUCUACAAACUGCUCAGAAUGAUCCAGCCUUUCCUUCUACACUUGCUUUAAUUGCUUCCAAUGGAACCGUCGCUUCUGAACUUCGACAAGCGGCUCUACUAAACUUAAAGAAUUUUGUUAGUGGUAAUUGGACGGGUGUGGAUGAUAAUGGUAUACCGACUGUUCACAUUGAGGAUGGCGCAAAAGCAGAAAUCAGAGCACGAAUGUUGGAGCUAGCGACGAGUGAUGUAGAUACAAGAAAGAUUAAGGGUGCAGCUAGUAUGGUAGUUAGCAAAGUCGCCAAUGUCGAUUAUCCAGAUCAAUGGCCAGAUCUCCUUCCAACUAUUCUAUAUAUUAUUCAAACGGGUUCCGAUUUACAAUUACACGGAUCGUUGAAAGUAUUGGCAGAUCUUGUUGAGGAUAGUUUGAGUGAAGAUCAAUUCUUUUCCGUCGCACGAGAUAUCGUCAAUACAGUUUAUGUUGUAGCCAUUAAUGAAGCACGAAAAGGAUCAUUACGAGCAUUGGCCGUCUCGGUUUUCAGAGGGACUUUUGAUAUCAUGGAUAUGGUCAAGGACGAACACGGAACAGAAGUAAAAGCGUUUGCAGAGGAGGUCUUGUUAUCUUGGUCACCAUUCUUCUUGGCUAUAAUGAAACAACCUUUACCUGCACCACCAAAAGAAGGAGAAGAGGAUGGGCCAGUCGAUCAACAAUGGCGUGGAGCAAUUGCAUUAAAGUUACAGGUUGUUAAGACUUUGAUGAAGGUUAAAUCGGUUUUCCCAGCAUUAUUACUUCCACAAAGUCCAGUUCUAUUCAGUGCUACUUGGGAAGAAUUAACAACCAUACAAAGCUUACACCAAGAGAUGUAUGUCGAUAAUGAUAUGCAAGGUCGUAUGGAGGAUGCGGAUAAUUUACCAUAUACUUUGGAUUUUCUGGUGUUGGAAGAACUCGACUUUUUACAAUCAUGUCUGAGGGCUCCACCGGUACAGAAAGAAUUGGAGGCCCAAGUUCAAGCAAAUUCUAGCGUGUCUACCACCCCUUGGGUUGUUGAUGUUAUGAAACUUGCCGUAAACUAUGCGCAAAUUCCAAAGGAAGAGGAGGAGCUGUGGGAUAUUGAUGUCAAUUUGUUUUUGGCAGAGGAAACAUCCGUUACCACACAAUAUACACUUAGAAUGGCUUGUGGAGACCUCUUAAUCAAGCUUGGGGAGUGGUUAUCUCAUGGUGCUUUUGAAGGUUUAUUAACAUACACUCAAAUGAUAUUUUCAUCGAAUGCUGCGACAUGGAGAAUCAGAGAGGCAGUUUUAUUCCUUCUCACUCAACUUACAAACGAUUUCUUGGAUGUCGACAAAGAUAUCAACCCCCAAAUUUCCGGAGCUUUCUUACCUUUUAUAGAUUAUUGUAUCAACAGACAGGAAGAACCUUUAUUACGAGCCAGAGGAUAUUUGGUUGCUGGUAAUCUUGUACAAAGUUUACCUGAUGUAGCUCUUGCAUUACUCGAUCGCACCAUCAGUGCCGUCAAUAAGGAUGAAGCUGAAGUUGUUAAAGUUUCUUGUAUAAAAUCCUUGCAAGGGUUCAUCAAAGCUCAUACUGUACCGGCUGAUCGCCAGCUCACGAUUCUUUCUUCAAUCUCCGAAUUCCUUUAUUCGAAAGAUCUUACCGAGCUUGAAGUUGCCGAUGAUCUUCUUGUCACAUUGGUUGAAUCUCUGAGAUCCACAAUUCAAAUGGAUACGAGAAUUACACUUUCAUCUGAGGGAGGAGCUCUCGAUCUUUUGUUCGUUCUCGCAAAACAUGGUGCUUCAAAUUUUCAAUUGACUAUGUUGGUCACCGAAACAUUUGAGGAUAUUGUUACAUCAUUUGCUGGUGGAGAGGGUUACACAGCUUUAUGUACUAAAGUUUUGCCUGCAUUAACGGGUGCUUUCGACGUGGGAAUUAUGACUGAUGAUGAUCCUUUAGUUGAGCUUGCGACAGAAUUACUUGCACUUCUUACCGAGAAUGGGUCCGAGCCGCUACCCCCUGGAUACGUUGCUGCAGCAUUACCCAAGUUAAAUCGACUUUUAAUGACUACCACUGAAGGUGGUAUUUUACGACCGGGUGUUGAGACAGUCAAGUAUAUGCUUAUGCAUGAUCAUCAACAAGUCUUCGCUUGGCAUGAUGAAAUUAAUAGGUCAGGUUUGCAAGUUUGUCUAGUGAUUAUUGAUAGAUUACUUGGUCCUACUAUGGAGGAUAAUGCAGCAUCAGAAGUUGGAGGUCUCGCAGCUGAACUUGUUGAGAAAGCUGGUCAAGAACGUCUCGGGCCAUUCCUAGGACAACUAUUGAAAGCAGUUGCUACACGUCUAGCUACUGCCGAAGCUGCACCUUUCAUUCAAUCUUUAAUUUUGGUCUUUGCUCGCUUAUCUUUAGUUGGAGCACAUGAUGUUGUCGAAUUCUUAAAUGAUACCCAGAUUAAUGGUCAAAGUGGCUUGCAAGUAGUAUUAAGCAAGUGGUUGGAACAUUCUGUCAAUUUUGCAGGAUAUGAUGAGAUUAGACAAAAUGUCAUCGCACUCUCGAAAAUCUUCAGUCUCAAUGAUCAACGUGUGGCUCAAACAAUGGUUAAGGGUGAUUUAAUCAUUCCAACCAGCAAUAGGAUCAUGACCCGAUCCAAGGCUAAGCUUAACCCCGACCAAUAUACCGCCAUUCCUGCUUCUUUAAAGAUCAUCAAAGUCCUCAUCGAAGAACUUCUUUCGGCAUCAGGACUUCAAAAUGCAGCAACAGCUGCAGCAGCAGCGGAAUUUGCUGAUGAGGAUUGUGAUGAUGAUUCCUGGGAAGAUGUACCAAAUGUUCUAGAUUUGGGAUUAUCAUCCACAAAACAGGAUUUGAUGGCUUUCGGAGAGGGAAGAGGUGGUUUUGGACGUAUUAGAGAUGAUGAAACUCAAGGUUACUUGACGGAAUUCUUUGUUAACGCUGGAAGGGAAAAUAUAGGUGGAUUUAAUGAGUUAUAUAAUCUGUUGACGGAUGAGGAGAAGAUUAAGUUACAGGAAUUGGCUCAGGGGGCUUGA